AUGGCUGAAAAGCAGCCACACCUAUACAUCCAGAUGUCAGAUUUGGACACAAAUGGUAUCCCCAGCGGAGCCCAGUCCUCAGCAGACUCUGCUGCCAGGGCAGGGAGUGUGCUCACGUUCCACAACAUCUGCUACCACGUGAAGACAAAGAGUGGGUUCCUGUGUUGUCGAAAAACAGCCAGUAAAGAAGUUCUGAGAGAUGUCAAUGGCAUCAUGAGACCAGGACUGAAUGCAAUUUUGGGACCCACUGGCAGUGGGAAAUCUUCCUUACUCGACAUUUUGGCUGCAAGGAAGGAUCCCCAUGGGCUUUCUGGUGACAUUUUGAUCAAUGGAUCUCCUCAGCCUGCCAACUUCAAAUGUACCUCCGGGUAUGUAGUCCAGGAUGAUGUGGUGAUGGGAACCCUGACUGUGAGAGAAAACCUGCAGUUCUCAGCAGCACUUCGCUUGCCAAACUCAGUGAAGGAGCAGGAGAAGAAUGAACGAGUUAAUCAGAUCAUCAAGGAACUGGGUUUGAGCAAAGUGGCAGAUUCCAAGGUUGGCACCCAGUUCAGUCGUGGGGUGUCUGGAGGGGAGCGGAAAAGGACCAACAUUGGGAUGGAGCUCAUCACGGAUCCUGCCAUCCUCUUUUUGGAUGAGCCAACAACAGGACUUGAUGCCAGCACUGCUAAUGCUGUUCUGCUGCUCCUGAAAAGGAUGGCAAAACAAGGCAAAACCAUCAUCUUCUCCAUCCACCAGCCUCGAUACUCCAUCUUCCGCCUGUUUGACAGCCUGACCCUGCUGGCUGCAGGCAGAGUGCUGUACCACGGGCCAGCCCAGCAGGCCGUCGACUACUUCCAGUCCAUUGGUCACCAGUGUGAGCCCUACAACAACCCUGCUGACUUCUUCCUGGACAUCAUCAACGGCGACUCCACCGCUGUGGCACUGAGCAAGACAGAUGAAACCACCACAGAGAGCUCUGAAGAUCACACUGAAUAUGAUAAAACCUUGGCUGAGCAACUGGCAGAAAAAUACUCCAACUCUGCCUACUACAGAGAAACAAAAGCACAGUUAGAGAACAUUUCUGUGGGAGAUAAGAAGAAAACAAAAGCAGUUUUCCGACAAAUCACAUAUGCCAAUUCCUUCUGUCACCAGCUGAAAUGGGUGUCCAGACGCACCUUUAAAAACUUGGUGGGAAACCCUCAGGCUUCCAUAGCUCAGGUGUGCGUUACAGCUUUCCUGGGACUGGUUGUAGGUGCCAUUUUCUUUGGACUUAAAGAGGACGCUGCUGGGCUGCAGAACAGAGUGGGUGCAAUGUUCUUCCUCACCACCAACCAGUGCUUCAGCAGCAUCUCAGCCAUUGAGCUCUUUGUUGUGGAAAAAAAGAUAUUUAUACAUGAAUAUAUCAGUGGCUACUACAGAACCUCUGCAUAUUUCAUCUCAAAGCUCAUGGCUGAUUUGAUCCCCAUAAGGACUGUACCAAGCAUCAUCUUCACCUGUAUAGUUUACUUCAUGUUAGGUUUGAAACCAACAGUGGGAGCCUUCUUCACAAUGAUGUUCACCCUCAUGAUGGUGUCCUACACAGCCACGUCCAUGGCACUGGCCAUCGCCACAGGGCAGAAUGUGGUCGCUGUAGCCAACCUGCUCAUGACUAUCACAUUUGUCUUCAUGAUCCUUUUCUCUGGGUUGCUGGUCAAUCUCACAAGUGUCAUGUCCUGGCUCUCCUGGCUCAAAUACUUCAGCAUCCCUCGCUAUGGAAUGACAGCUUUGGAAAUCAAUGAACUGUCUGGACUGAACUUCUGUGGCAUCAGCAAUAUCACAAACAGUGCCAACAGCUAUCGAGAGAUGGGCCCCAUGGCAUGUACUGGAGAUGAGUACCUGAAAAGCCAAGGCAUUGAUGCCAGUCCCUGGGGGCUGUGGCAGAACCAUGUGGCUCUUGCCUGCAUGACACUAAUCUUCAUCACCAUCGCCUACCUGAAACUGCACUUCAUGAAGAAGUUCUCCUGA